AUGGAGCAACAAUUUAUGAUGAAAACCGAUGGGACACGAACUGAGAGGCAUUUGUGGUACUGGACGCAUGGAAAACAGAGUGGCACGACGGCCUCAAGCAGCAUUAUAGGUUUAUCCUAUGAUUCGACUCAUCAAUUGAUGAAUUGUAGUAGCAAAAGUAAAUCAGGAGCUGCUACUUCUCCGUCCUAUGAAGUGCAGUGGCAAAAGAAGGAAGUUACAAGAGGAUCCAAGGAAAGAAUGGACUCGACUGUAUCUGCAUCUCUUCUCGCCUGGUCUACUUCUCCUGAUGCGAGACGUAGUUUGUCUUCUCAGAAGUUCUUGUCGCCUAUAGCAGCAUCCUGCAGCUCUCGAGCUGCAACUGUUUCCACGAAGAAAAAGACGACUACGUCAUUGCUUCCAAGUUGUGGACAUCGAGACGGUCUUGGGAUGAAAAGUUCGGUCGAAACAUCUUCGUCAUCUUCGGUGUUUAUGUUUAUGACACAUGAUGAGAAACGCGCAGCUUCGUCCGAGAGGUCGUGGUCUAUGGGAAAGAGCAAGCGAUCAACACCCAGAAAAGAGAGGAGGAAUAGCAAAAGUUCUUUGUCCAUGUUGUCAAACAGUCGAGUAGGGACGCGUGUUGUUGCAGCGUGCAAUACUCACUUCUUGCUCAAUGUGAAUGAAGAAUCGGAAGUGGCAGGGCCAGACGCGAGUACGAACAUAUUUGCCUUCUCGACGCAUCGAAAUAAGUCAAGUCGAAGUCUGGCAAGUAAAAAAGGCUCAGGUGCUGCCUCGUUUAGGAAUAAAGCGACAGACCAAGUUCCUGCGGUGGAAACGGCCGUGUUCGACUUUGAUAAGAAUUUCUCGAGAGAUAGCCCGCCAACAUUUCCAGUAUCCUUGCCCUCGACCGCAACAACGUGCGCAGCGCCGUUUUCCUUCGUCUCGGAGUCGAUUCCGACCGUUGACCCACUUGUGAACUGCGCUCGUGCUGUUUUACAAGACUGCAUCAGAACUCGCAAAAUGGAACAAAGCAUGGCUCGUAAACGCUCAAUCGAAAGGUGCAUUGAUGGAGAGGUGCUGGAAAAUAAAGGAUGGCACUAUGAGUCUGUCUCGAAACCCUGGCAGUACGAUGUUGUGAGCCCUGGUUCAUGCAGCAGCAGUGACGAUGAGCUCAGUGAAUUGUUGUCAGCGAACCAGUCAUUCUGCACUGACAAGUCCGAGCAGGGUUGCAAUAGCAAGCUGGCUAAGGAAGAAAUAUACCGUCAGAUUUUAGCUGGCGACAAUGAGCUGAGCUGCAGCCCCGAGUUCCAAUGCUUCAGUCCCUUGAUUGAAGAAAAGGGAAUACCCAUCGAGGUUCGAUACCAGCUCCCGUUGGCACUAGGCACAGCAAACGAAACCAGCAAAGAAUGCACAAUUUGCCAACUUCGCUACGGCAUAGGUGAUCACAUCGUAACGCUUCCAUGCCAGCACUUUUUCCAUGCGUGUUGUGUCGACAAGUGGUUGUGGAAUCACACUUCGUGCCCACUCUGCCGCACAGAAGUUGCUCUUGACCAGGAAGCGGAAGUGUGCGCUACGAAACACAAUUUUACAGAGUGUUCUCCAGUAGAUCAGGAGCGAAUUCGUUGCCAGAUGCGCUCUUCCUCGCAACAUGUAGACUUCCGGCCUGUCAUCCCAGUGGAAAGUAAUCAACUCGAGCUGGAAAUGUCACGCAUGGCAAUCGACGAGGAUUUGGAGGUUGAAGACGAACCGAGCUAUAUAGUUUGCCCGACACCUCGUUUUGCCUCAAGUGCUCAGGACAAAUAA